CGGCGGCCAGACUUCCCUGGGAAGGGGCGAGCGAGAGCCGGGCCAGGCCGGGCCGCGGGGCCGGGGAGCGCCGAGCCGGGCACUUCCGCACCAGACAGCGACCGAGGAGCCCGGCCGCCCACCCCGUGCCGCCCGAGCCCACAGCCGCCCGCCGGCCCCUCUGGGAUGUCCGCGGGACCCGGGCAUUCAGGACGGUAGCCGAGCGAGCCCGAGGAUGGGACGGCACCCGCAGCUCCGGCUCGUUAAGGCCCUUCUCCUUCUGGGGCUGAACCCCGUCUCCGCCUCCCUCCAGGACCAGCACUGCGAGAGCCUGUCCCUGGCCAGCAACAUCUCAGGACUGCAGUGCAACGCAUCCGUGGACCUCAUUGGCACCUGCUGGCCCCGCAGCCCCGCAGGGCAGCUAGUUGUUCGGCCCUGCCCUGCCUUUUUCUAUGGUGUCCGCUACAACACCACAAACAAUGGCUACCGGGAGUGCCUGGCCAAUGGCAGCUGGGCCGCCCGCGUGAAUUACUCCGAGUGCCAGGAGAUCCUCAAUGAGGAGAAAAAAAGCAAGGUGCACUACCAUGUCGCCGUCAUCAUCAACUACCUGGGCCACUGUAUCUCCCUGGUGGCCCUCCUGGUGGCCUUUGUCCUCUUUCUGCGGCUCAGGCCGGGCUGCACCCAUUGGGGUGACCAGGCAGAUGGAGCCCUGGAGGUGGGGGCUCCAUGGAGUGGUGCCCCAUUUCAGGUUCAAAGGAGCAUCCGGUGCCUGCGAAACAUCAUCCACUGGAACCUCAUCUCCGCCUUCAUCCUGCGCAAUGCCACAUGGUUCGUGGUCCAGCUAACCAUGAGCCCUGAGGUCCACCAGAGCAACGUGGGCUGGUGCAGGUUGGUGACCGCCGCCUACAACUACUUCCAUGUGACCAACUUCUUCUGGAUGUUUGGUGAGGGCUGCUACCUGCACACAGCCAUCGUGCUCACCUACUCCACCGACCGGCUGCGCAAGUGGAUGUUCAUCUGCAUUGGCUGGGGUGUGCCCUUCCCCAUCAUUGUGGCCUGGGCCAUUGGAAAGCUGUACUACGACAAUGAGAAGUGCUGGUUUGGCAAAAGGCCUGGGGUGUACACCGACUACAUCUACCAGGGCCCCAUGAUCCUGGUCCUGCUGAUCAAUUUCAUCUUCCUUUUCAAUAUCGUCCGCAUCCUCAUGACCAAGCUCCGGGCAUCCACCACGUCUGAGACCAUUCAGUACAGGAAGGCUGUGAAAGCCACUCUGGUGCUGCUGCCCCUCCUGGGCAUCACCUACAUGCUGUUCUUCGUCAAUCCCGGGGAGGAUGAGGUCUCCCGGGUCGUCUUCAUCUACUUCAACUCCUUCCUGGAAUCCUUCCAGGGCUUCUUUGUGUCUGUGUUCUACUGUUUCCUCAACAGUGAGGUCCGCUCUGCCAUCCGGAAGAGAUGGCACCGGUGGCAGGACAAGCACUCGAUCCGUGCCCGAGUGGCCCGCGCCAUGUCCAUCCCCACCUCCCCCACCCGUGUCAGCUUUCACAGCAUCAAGCAGUCCACAGCAGUCUGAGCUGGCAGGUCAUGGAGCAGCCCCCAAAGAGCUGUGGCUGGGGGGAUGACGGCCAGGCUCCCUGAUCACCCUGCCUGUGGAGGUGACCUGUUAGGUCUCGUGCCCACUCCCCCAGGAGCAGCUGGCACUGACAGCCUAGGGGGCCACUCUCCCCCUGCAGCUGUGCAGGACUCUAGCUCAUGAGUGGAAAGUCAUCUACAGGACUGGGCCAGUCCCGGGGCCUCUGGCUUCCCUGCCCAAUCCUCCCUGGAGAAGGGACGUGGGAAUGAAUGGAAAUGGGCUGCUGCACACCCACAGCAGCACGCGCGUCCCUCCAAGGCUGUCUUCUCCCAGAGCACAAGAAGUCCAGCCCACUGGGACCUGGGGCUGCCCUCGGCAACUGUGGGGAGGCCGUUUGCUGCCCCAGGGCAUCAUGGGCAACUCGUGACAGCCUCUGACUCACCACGAUGACGCCUCUGGACCUCGGUGAUGCCUUCCGACACCACUGGGAACUAAGGGCCCUCUCUCAGGAACCCUGGAGACAGAAGUCAGGUGUCAUCGUCAGAUGUGUGGCCACAGCACUAGGGUCACCCCCCAGGCCUCCAGAACCUCAUUGACACUGUGGCACUGCCACCAGCAAUGCCCUGCCUCGCUGCCUUCAUCCUGAACAUGUACUACCCUGCAGGCCAGGCCAGCUUCCCCUCACUUAACCACAGGCAGUACCUCAUCCCACACCAGUCACCUCCCGCCCCUUUUCCUCUUUUGUGAGAAGAGGGGGCUGGAGGGGGCAGAGUGGCCUGUGAGCAAGAGCCAGGGGUGUCCCAGCCCCGGCCUCUGGGGCAGAGCUUGUAGCCCCGGAUGGCCUCUGGGGCAGGACCACUAGCUAAACAAGCCAGGAGAAGGCUCCUGCCCAAGUGGCUCUUGGGACAACAUGCUGCUUACACUCUAGGUGUGGACUGGCUACAGCCCCCACUGACCUGCCCAUGUCCAGAGGGACUGGACAGCCAGAGCAGGGCUUUGGGGGGCACUAGAAGAUGAGGGUAUCGGCUGUGAAGCGGGUGGCUGGUAUAAAUAAUAAUAUUUAUCUUUUCAACCAGCA